AUGGCUCAAACUUCCAACUUUGAAGGUCAAAACAUCAAGGAAGUUAACGCCAUCUCUACUCGAAGUGGUAAGAAUUCGAACAUGCCAUCGACAAGUAGUACCACUUCAAGUAAUGAAGAAUCGGCUCAGAAGAAAGAAGAGCCAACAAAAAUUCCGACAAAGGUGCCUUUUCCCCAAGCUCUCCGACCUGCUGGGAAAAUGCCAAAAAAUCAAAGUGAGAUCCUGGAGCACUUGACACAAUUGAAGAUCAAUCUUCCCAUACUACACGUGAUCAAGCAAGUGCCGGCCUACGCUAAGAAGACACCGCCGAAGUAUAAAGAUCCAGGUUGUCCUACCAUUUCUUGCCAGAUCGGGACACAUGAAUUCGGCCAAGCGUUACUAGACUUAGGAUCGAGCGUGAACCUCAUGCCUUAUUCGGUAUACUCGCAAUUGGGUCUUGGAGAGAUUAAGCCCACAUCUGUGGUUCUGCAACUAGCCAAUAGAUCCAUUAAGAGACCACGGAAAAUAGUAGAAGACGUUCUAUUACAAAUCGACAGGUUUUAUUACCCCGUGGAUUUUCUUGUCCUGGAUACACAAUCCGUGGUGAAUAUGGAGUCAUCAAUUCCCAUCAUUCUAGGAAGACCUUUCCUUGCCACAGCAAACACACUUAUCAAUUGUAGGAAUGGUCUCAUGAAGAUAUCUUUCGGGAAUAUGACCCUUGAGGUGAAUAUUUUUCAUAUUCAAAAGCAACCACGUGAUGAUGAUGAGUGUCACCAAACAUUUAUGAUCGACACACUUGUCGAGGAGGGGGUUCUGCCGCAAAGCAACUCUAAAGAUCUGGAAAACCUCCUCCAAAAUUCUGAAUCUAAGAGUUCCAAUCCUUUUGAGGUGGCUAACAGUUCUGCCAUUUUCAAAGAAUCACAGGACAGAGGAACCAAGUUUGGGUCACCAUGUUUUCAGGAGCUCCCAACAGGAGAAAAACCGAAAUCAUCCACCGAGGAGGCUCCAAAAGUCAAACUAGCCCAACCACCUGAGGGCUUAAAACAUGCAUUCUUGGGAGAUGAAGGCACAUUCCCAGUCAUCAUCUCAUCUAAACUCGAUCCAUUGCAAGAACAAUGA